AUGGUUAUGAUAUCCAGUCGACCUUUUGGUCUCGGAAUCACGUCUUCGAACGAAGGACAAGGCAUUCAUCUCCAUGCGGGUAAUACGCGUAACGUCGCCGUCAAUGCGGCUCUAAAACGUGGAGUUAUUCAAGAUGGCGACGAGAUUUUCGCAUUCAACGACCAGGUGUUACGUGGCUCCGAUCUCGAGAGUUUUAAAGAAGAAGUCGUGCCUGCAGUUUCGCUACCAGCUCGGUGCUGGUUCCGGACGAAGCGGAAGAAUAAAAUUAAUACCCGCGAAGGCGAUGUCGGUGUUGUUUCCCUGGGCAUUGAUUGGCCGUGGGUAUUUCUCCGGUCGGACGGCAAGCUUGCAAUGAAUCUCUUCUGGAAGUCACUCGACUCUGCUUUUUUUCUUCGGAAAAUCAACAAGCGCACGUUGUCGCAGCUGCAGCAGCGAGUGGAGGAAAUGUGUGGCGUGCGACUGAGUCGCUCUCAUCCUGAAUAUGAACAGGUGCAUGAGCUGCUGGUGAUGCCUCGACGCAAACGCAUGCCAGCGUAUCUUGUGGAUUUUCGGAAAACUCGCGAGCAAAAGCAGCAAUUUUUGUCGUCUGACGUCCUGAUGGGCGUCUCCAGUGAACCGAAAGAUGCAGAAACAGAGCUGGAUGAAGACACUCCCCUCGAGGUGGGAACCACAGUCAACGUGGCGAAGCGCACGUGGCCUGGAAUGAACAAACUUGGUGGUGUAGGUCGAAUCAAGAAGGUGAACGAAGAAAUAAUAGCGAACGGCAGAAGGCGGUUCACGUACAACGUUGCGUACGUUUUAAGUGGCAGCGACAGGAACGUGGAGCGCAAGUACAUCAGCGUCGUGGACCUUGACGCAGACGAAGUUGAUAAGAAGGAGGAGACCAGCUCUACAUCUACGGGAAGAAGACACAAGUCGGAACCAGAGGCAGACACCAAGGAUAUUGAGGAGACAGAGGCUGCUGACACCUUGAGUGUAAGCCUAGUCUUUGCUCUAAGUCGCACGGCAGUGGAAGACCAAGUCACUGAACUUCCCGACGCUCAGAUGGACAGCCCACCCAAGCGACGACGAUUCCAGUUGCAGUUCUCAACAGAAAACGAAGCUGUGCAUUGCGAGCGGAAGACAGAGAGCUCGAAUCCUGAUUUAUCUGCUCGAGAGCUGCUUCUGCAUCGCCACUUUUCAGUGAAGGCGGAUGAUGCGAUAGUAAACGACUGCUUUUCGUCACAGCUGCUAAGCGUGGAGGAUCGUGCCGGUGAUGAACUAGACGACGAUGACACUGAUAACGAAGAUGAAGAGGACGAGAUCAAGACGGAGCUGACGACUCUGCAGACUGAGUUACGUGCUGUGAUAGAGUCCAAUGAGCUGGUCUUUAAAUCGCUUACCAAGAAGAUGGAGGAAGAAUACGCAUCGAAGGAAUACCGCCAGAAGAUGCUCCAGGAUAUCGAAUGGCGUAACUAUGAACGCAUGUACCAGGAGCUCCAAGCUGCAAAGCGUCAAUUCGCCGACAGCGAUGAGGAGAAUAUUUCAUUUGGAGGCAUGUUUGUGAACAAGCUCAAGCAAGAGGGCAGUGAGGUGUGCGCUCUGUGCGAACUGAGUGGUGGAGACUUUACCGGCACGGACAGUGGCAGCGUCGUGCACCCCCAGUGCGCAAUGUUUACUCCUGAAACGUUCUUCAAAGACGGCGUCGUGCAUGGCAUUAACCUCGUCGAUCCCGAACGUCGACGACUGAAGUGCUCCAUUUGUGGCGGCUGCAAGGGACUAAGUAAAAUUCAGUGCGCACACAGGAAGUGCGUGCGCGCCUACCACGUGGCUUGUGCCUUCGUGAACGGCCUUCUCACCAGAGAUCCAUACUAUCAGGCGUGGUGCCCUCGUCAUCUGAAAACCUCGGGAAUGGGUCAGUUCGUUGAGAUCCCAGACCAUCUGAACAAAGACAAAAGUGCCCUAGUAAACCGUAACCGUAAGGACACGACACCGGCAGAAGUGACGACUACAGCUCCAACCGACAUCUCGUCGUCCAAGACCAACAGAAAGCGGAAACGUAAAGGAAGCAACGCCAAGGAGCCUCGAUGUGCGAGACGACUUGAGAUCGAGCUAAGUGACGACAGUGAUCACGAAGGGAAGGCGGUGGAUGCAUGGCAACAAGGUCGUGACCCUCUGCAUGUUUUCAACGAGGGAAACGUAGUGGAAGUGCUAGCUCGAGACUGGCGCGGCAUCAACAAACCUGGUGGAGUUGCACGUGUCCGUGGUGUGGAGGUGGUUCCGAAUCUAAACGGCGGGAAGAACGUUUUCUACGAUGUUGUCCACAUCGUUGGGGCGUUCAAAGAGAAGCGUUUGCCUGCCAAGUUUGUUCGCAGGUACCAGCCUAGUGAUGGAUAGAGGAAGUAGCAAUCAUAGAGAUAGUUUUGUCGAUUGGUUUUAGCCUAGUAAUCAAAGCCUGAUACCAUU